UUGGAGAACAAAAAAAAAAGAAAAGACAGGCAAAAUCAGAGCAGAAUUGAAAACAGACUCUCAGUCACCCUCACACAGAGGGGAGAACAGGAGGAGGGGGAGGCACACAGACAAAAAAAGUAAGAAAACGAGGGGCUGGCGAACUGUAAGACAGUUCAGCUGAAAGGACACACAACAUCUAACAGCCGUCUUCUGACUUCCAAUUUUUUUUUCCUUUUUUUACAAAAAGUUUUCCAAGCAUCGCCACGUUUUCAUCUUCUUUCAAAGCAUCACUCGGAAAGACACACUUUCACAGAAGACUGAGAAAAGAUAAGCCUCCUCUUUUAUGCACUAAGACAAUCCUCUCCUUAGCAUUAUUUCCAUAGCUGCGGAACCAGACUAUGGAAAAAAAGAAAGAAAAAAGUUUUGUCAAAGUUUCAGGAGAUUAAGAUGCUGAGGUGGUAUGCCGCUCCAGUCAUCCUCCAAGACGUUUUCUCUUAACAUCUUGGCAAAGUUAUCCAGUUCGCUUUUUAUUUUCUCUCUCUCUCUCUCUCUCUCUUUUUCUCUUUCUCUCUGGAGCUCUCACUAUUGAAUCCAGUGGAAAACUCUGUGAAACAUUCCAGCUUUAGAACAAAUUUAGCUUCAAGUCCUCAAAUAAGAGACAUUCAGACAAGACAGACAAACAAGGGGAACAAGCUAUCUGGGUGUCUCCUGUCCUAAGAACCAAGUCACAAUCUCAGUCCUACCAGGGAACCGUAGAAGAUGAAUCUGUUACUGCUGACAGGCUUGUUGGUUCUAACAUGGAGAACUUCCUCCCAGGACAUCGCCGAGCAGGACUCCGAUAUAAUCCUCGACCUUUUCAGCACUUUUUCAUUGAAGUGUUCUUCUAAAAUGGAGAUUUUUUGGAAGCAUGAUGAAAAUCUCAUUAAUUCAGACUUGACCCGCAGUAACGGCCUGUUCACUAGUACGCUCACCCUUCACAAUGUGACCGGCCAGAACACAGGGAUGUACACGUGUGUUUACAGAAGUCCAUAUAUAAACGGGGAUGAUGUGAAGGUGAAAUCAGUCUACAUCUUUGUACCAGAUCCUACCUCGUGGUUUGUGCCACUCCAGAUUGGUGAUGAGUUCCUGUUUGUCCCCUAUAACAGUGAAACCACCAUCCCCUGCCGAGUGACCAACCCUAAUAUAUCCGUGACUCUUCAUGACAAGGCAUUGGAUACUGAAAUCUUCUACCCCUAUGACAGCAAGAAAGGCUUCACUGGUUAUUUUGAAGAUAAGAACUACUAUUGCAAAGGUUUCCUUGAUGGCAUCGAAGUUAACUCCGAAAUAUAUUUUAUCUACAGCAUAGACGAUUUUCCCAUAGAUAUGACCGUUGAUUCCGUGAAGCAUGUGGUGAAGAAGGGAGAGACAAUCGAAGUCAUCUGUUCAGUCUUUAAUAAUCAUCUUGUGAAUGUAACCUGGAUUUUUCCAGCGCUGACCACAGGGAGGCAACAUACCAUAGAAUUGAAGAUGGCAACUAAUAAUGCAGUAAGCUCUGUUCUAAAAAUACCAAAAGCUGACCUGGAGGACUCUGGGAAUUAUACUUGUAAUGUGGUUGCAGUCCUUAGUGGAGACUCGAAAACAAAACAGGUGGAAGUACGUGUAGUAGAAAAAGGCUUUGUGAAUGUAACCAUUGACACAGACUCUGAACAAGUCGCUGACUUGCACAAUAGCCUAUCGCUGAAGGUGUCUAUCCACGCCUACCCAGAACCCACCAUCGAGUGGCUGAAGGGCAGCACUAUGCUAACAGUGAAUAGCACCAACGAAGUCAACAUACUCAACAAAAAUGUUUCUGAAAACAUGUAUGUUAGCCAUCUGACUCUAGUGAGGGUCAAAGAACAAGAUGGAGGCCCUUACACACUGAGGGUCUAUAAUGAGGACGCCUUAGAGGAAAUUCCGUUUAACAUUCAGAUAAAUGUGGCAGCUGAGAUAAAGGACAUUGUUGACAGUCACCCAUCAAGUGGCGGGCAAAUAGUGACAUGUGUGGCCAAAGGAAUGCCAAUGCCAGACAUCACCUGGUUCAUCUGCACUGACAUUAAGAGGUGUAGCAGUAGAGGAUGGGAUCAGUGGACACCUCUAGACAACAUGACCACACAGUUAGAGUAUGAUAUGAAUAUCAGCGACACAUUGCCACAAGAGUUUGGAAGUUACCUUAAGAGCGUGCUCCAUGUGCGAAGUGUAGAAGAUUCAGUCAUGGUGCGCUGCGUUGGCGACAACGGCAUUGGAAUGUCUCACCACCGAGAUGUCAAGCUCGUGCCUCAUUAUUCCCGCUUCAAAGUUGUGCUGAUAUCUGCUGUCCUAGCUCUGGUGGUGCUGGUUGUCCUCUGCUUCAUAAUACUCAUUGUUUUGUGGAAAAAGAAACCACGUUAUGAAAUUCGGUGGAAGGUUAUUGAGUCGGUCAGCACUGACGGCCACGAGUACAUCUAUGUGGACCCUCUACAGCUUCCAUAUGAUUCAAGUUGGGAAAUUUCCAGAGACAAGCUAGUAUUAGGUCGAACACUUGGCUCUGGGGCAUUCGGUAGAGUGGUUGAAGCUACGGCCCACGGUUUAGGACACGUUCAGUCAACCACAAAAGUAGCUGUAAAGAUGCUAAAAUCAACCGCAAGGAGCAGCGAGAAACAGGCUCUUAUGUCUGAGCUGAAGAUUAUGAGUCAUCUGGGUCCACACUUAAACAUUGUCAACUUGUUGGCGGCCUGUACCAAAGGAGGACCUAUAUACAUAGUAACAGAGUAUUGCCGGUAUGGAGACUUAGUGGAUUAUUUACACAGAAACAAACACACUUUUCUCCAGUACUAUGCUGACAAGAGCAGAAAAGAAACGGAGGUCUACAGUAAUGCCGAAACAGGAGAAAGGAUGUCAAGAACCAUUUCCAUUCCAGUAGAAAGUGAUGGAGGGUACAUGGAUAUGACCAAAGACGACAUUUACUAUGUGCCAAUGCUGGACCUUAAAGACGAGAUCAAAUAUGCAGAGAUCGAACCGUCAAACUAUGGAACUACCUACGAGUUGGAGAAUUACUCUUCAGCUGCUCCAGAAAGGACAAAUUAUUCCACCCUUAUAAAUGAAUCGCCAACCCUCAGUUUUACUGAUCUAAUUGGAUUCAGCUACCAAGUCGCCAAUGGAAUGGAUUUUCUUGCCUCUAAGAAUUGUGUUCAUCGGGACUUGGCUGCCAGGAACGUACUGAUUUGUGAGGGAAAACUAGUGAAAAUAUGUGACUUUGGGCUAGCCAGAGACAUCGUAAGAGACUCCAACUACAUUUCCAAAGGCAACACUUUUCUUCCUCUGAAAUGGAUGGCUCCGGAAAGUAUUUUCAACAAUCUGUACACGACUCUCAGUGAUGUCUGGUCUUUUGGAAUCCUUCUUUGGGAAAUAUUCACACUGGGUGGGACACCGUAUCCUGAGCUACCAAUGAAUGAACAGUUCUACAAUGCAAUCAAGAGAGGCUACCGGAUGUCAAGGCCUUCCUAUGCUUCAGAGGAAAUAUAUGAGAUCAUGCAGAAAUGCUGGGAUGAAAAGUUUGAGAAGAGACCGUCUUUCUCUGCGCUGGUGGCUCUUACUGGAAACCUUUUAUUGGAUGGCUACAAGCAGAGAUACAAACAAGUGGAGGAGGAAUUUCUGAGAAGUGACCACCCUGCUGUGGUUCGUGUGAGACCCCGAGUAGCUAAAAUAAAUAACUCUGCCCACGGAGGAGAAAGCAUUACGAAUAUUCUCUACUCAGCUGUGCAACCAAGCGACAGCGACUACAUCAUUCCUCUGCCGGACCCCAAGCCCGAGGACUCGGACAACGCUCAGAAUGACAACUCAGAGAGCCGGCCAAGCUCUACCCUGCAAGAAGGUAACACAUCGUCCACCAUCUCCUGCGACAGUCCCCUGGAACAGGUGGAAGACGAACUUUAAAGUGGUUUCCAACAGGCAGGACGUCGGCUCUAUAUAAAGGGAAAUGUUCUGUGGCGAGGCACCGAUUCUAAACACUUGGAACUAAUCUCCAGCUUCAAUAAAGUCCAUUCGUUAUGGUGUGUGGAGCAAUACACUGCGCAGGGCAAAGCUCAAUAUUUCAGCUUUAUGCAAAAGUAUCAGCCAUUCCCCUACCUGUACGGGGAGACCAAAGACACAAUUCUGCUAGCCAAUCUACAGAGGAUCUGGUAUAUCCCAAGCAGCUUUUUCAUGUUAAGACGGAAAACACACCAAUAAAUAUCAGCUAUACUCCCGCUGAGUGACGGAAUAAAUUCCUUAUUAAUGACGUUAUGUCACAGAUCUUCCAUUCCGUAUGUGUGAUAUCCUGACUCUACGUGCAAUAUAUGCCAGUUGGAAGCUACAUUGGUACAGCGUGGCUUCACGCGUUUCAUUACUUUCAGAGACAAGAAACGUACAGCGUAGCCGUUUCCCUACACACAGUGGAUUGUGCGAUUUUGUGGCCUGAAUAAAUGAACCCUGGCAAUUUAAUAGGAUCUUGUGUCCGAGAGGCAUUGGGCACUGUGCAUGAACUUCUUUGAACCGCAGUGAAAGAGUAGAAUGUUGGUAGAAGUAUGACUGCCCAGGAUUCAGCAGAGGCCUUUACCUUCAGGACCGGGCAGCACCUACAGUAUUCUAAAUGCUGCCAUCAUUGCUUAUGUAACGCAAUGUAAAGGCAGCUGUUCUUUAUUUUCUACACAAUAUUAUAUGUACUACACUAAUCCUGGGACAUGAAUUAUAUGGUGGCGGCUGGACCGUCUGCUAAAAAGAAAUGUAAAAAUAAUGGAUAAAGGUUAUGAAAUGCCACCCACAGAGACAUAUAAGCCUUAGGUCUGUCUGAGACAGACGUCUGUGGCUAAUGUUCGUCCCAAUGGCAUAUUUUUCAACUCACCCAUAUAUAUUUUUUACUGUUGGGUAAAGAAACAACAACUCAGUCAACCGAGUGUGAACGUCCGUAUGAUGAAUGUUAAUCAGCUCAGUUAUAUUUUAUUACUAUAAGUAUAUUGAAAAACAAUUAUGUAGAGAUCGUGAAAAUAUACUUUAAACAACUAUA